AUGGGAAAUAUAUUAUUAAAGGGAAAUAAUUGUAAUAUUAUGAGAAAUAAAGGAGACAUUUUAAAUGUUAAAAAUUUCAAACCGUUACAUAUUGAAACAUUUUAUCCACCAUUAAAAAAAUCCAAAAAAAUAUCAGUAUGUAGAUGUUGGAAGUCUAAUAACUUUCCUUAUUGUGACAAUACACACCAAAAAUUACAGCAACAAGGUAUUGUUUGUGGACCUCUACUUUUAGAAAUAAGAAAAAGUAAUAGUUUAUAUUCUAAUUAA